CGAUACGAAUUUCAGGGAUUACGGAUUAACCUGUGACGGUUCUACUGCAAAAUUCCGACAUCCAAAAUCUCGACAGGCCAUAAUACUGACGUCACGCGACGUGACAAUUAAAGAUUUAAA